AUGGGUUGUUCGGGAUCAAAAUUCAACCCUGGAGGAAAAACUAUUCCCGCCAGGCUAAGGCCGCUUCUGCCUCGGAGGUUUGAGGAGAUGAGGAGAUGGAGACAUGGAGGUUCUUUGGAAGACAAUGACUCAGCUAUCUUUUCCAAGAAAGAACUGCUCAUAGAUGGGUUUUUUGAUACUGAUAAUUCAUCUCAUCCUCAUGAUUCUGAUCGUAAGAGCAUUUCUUCGCUAGAGGAUCAUAGCCCCAAGGUGGCACCUGCACCAGAAUCUGAUGAAACUGCACCUAAGAAUAAGAUAGAUCCUAAUAAGACUGCAGAAACAACGCCAUUGCAGCCUGUGUCAGUGUCUAAAGAUGUGGUCGUCGAAGCACCAUUGCCAAAAGUGUCUACAAAUGAGUCUAACAAAUCAAGGAAAGAGAAUGAUAUCCAACAAGAUCGCAAUGACGAAGAUAAAGAGAAGGUUGCAGAGAUGGAAACAACAGAAACAGCCGAAGAUGAGAACUGGGCAGAAGUGGAUGGAAGGCUCAGAAGGAUUACCAAGAAAUACGAUUAUCCUGGAUCCCCAAGUUUCAGGUUUUACUGUAUCGAAUCAUUAAGCAAUAAAGAUGAUGGCUCUAAUAAGGAUGUUGAUGAUGAUGCAUCAGACAAAAAAUCAGAGUACGAGGACUGCCUCGCCACCUCUGAAUCUACGAACAAUUCUGAUGCGGGUUCCGAGACCAAGACAAAGAAGAAAGGAAGGAAAGUGAUCAGAUUAAGAAGGGUGAUACCCAAGGGAAGGUCAGGUGCUGUAAUGAAUUUGCUGAAUGUUAAAUCAUGCUACACCCCAACCUGCGUUCGCCGCCGCGAUAAUGCUCAUAUACUCGCAGAAAAAGCAGUUGCUUGA